GCUAACUAACUGCUUUGAAUUUUCAUUUCCGUCACAAAUCACAAUAUUUUACUCAGAAUCAAAUGUGCAAAUGUUUGAAGUUAUAAUAAAAUUACCUAUGUACUUAUUAUAAUGAUUAGGUUUAUCGAAAAGUGGAUUUCAUUGUAUUUUACUUGUUGAACAUUUUCGAGAACUAAGUGUAACUUUAGAUAAUAUGGCUACUUUGAUCCGAUCCUAUGAACAACAAUAUUCAGUGAUAACAGCUGAUAUCACUGCUAAAAUUGGUCGAUUGAAAGUUGGAAAUGAUGCUGAUGAAAAGGCAGUUCUGUCAAGGGAAAUUCACACAAACUUUGAGGAAGCAAAUGACUUGCUUGAACAGUUGGAGUUAGAGUGUCGUGGUUCUGGUUCUGGAUCCCGGGUUGCUGCCUACAGAGCAGAACUCAAACGUGUGAGAGAUGAAUAUCAUGCUGUAUUAAAUAACUCAGCCACAUACAACAUUGAGCCUGAUGAAUAUGAAGAGUGGACCACAGCAAAUGAGCAGCGGCGCAAACUAUUAGACAACACAGAAAGAUUGGAGAGAACUGGCAAAAACCUGACCGAGGGCUAUCAAAUUGUCCUGGAGACAGAACAAAUUGGUUCCAUGGUACUACAGGACCUGCACCAUCAAAGGGAGACCAUACAAAGGUCCAGAAGUCGGCUAAGGAACACGGAUGAACAGCUAAACAGAUCCGGCCGACUUGUGAAGACAAUGUUGUCUCGGGCCCUGCAGGAUCGAGCAGUAGUGGCUGGUGUACUCCUGUUGCUUGCUAUCUUCACUGCAGCUAUGGUGUACUUCUAUGUUACCUAGCUAGAGGCCCCGCUAAGACAUUGCAAGGGUUUAUUUAGCCUAGAAUGCAAGUGUCUAGCGCAGUGGAUAUACUACUUGUACCUGGCCUGCAGCAGGGUGCUGCCCACCGGGCUCCGGGUAUUCUUGUUUGUGAAAAUGCUGCUUGUGGUGGUGCGCUUCAAGUAUAAAGUGCUCCGUGGCUGAAGAUCAGAAGAUGCUGUUUACGCAUUGUGUGUUUAUUAUUCCUCAUGAUGAAUAUAUAAGGUAUAUCUGAAUCAGAUUUGACAUAGUUAUAUAAUGUAUACUAUAGUGUCACACUGUUGACUCUUUUCAUCCAAAACUAAAGUGUUCCUUUCUUCCGGUAAUAUAAAUAUUAUUUUCAUAGUUCUAAGUCACAAGCAUUAUCCUUUUCAUUCUCAUUUACUAGCAAGGUUGUUUCACUUAAAUCAUGUAGUCGGAGGCUCCUUUGCACAGGAUGCCAGCUUGAUUAUGGGUACAACAACAGUGCCUACAUCUGCCGUGAAGCAGUAAUGUAUAAGCAUUGUUUCAGUCUGAAGCGCCCCAUAGCUAGUGAAAUAACUGGGCAAAUGAGACAACAUCUAUCAACAAGGUGACGAGCGCAAUAAUAAUUGUAGUGCCACACAGAAUUUAUGGGGUUUUUUGUAAAUCUCGAUUGGCACUGCAUUGUUAUGGGCAGGGCGUAUCAAUCAGCUGUCCAGUCCCGUAUUUUCAUUAAAAAAAAAUGAAAUUACUUAGAUAUCUGUGUAACGUUCAUGUGCAUGAUAAUGAAUAUUAUCUCUUAUCUCUUUUUAUAUUGUUGUAAUAAAAAAUGAAUCUAAACUCUUAUAUAACUUCAUUAAACAUGUUGUAUUUUAACAGCUAUAAUAUAAAUAAAUAAAUGUCGUAAAUUUCUAUUAUUGAUAAGAUUUGGAAAAAUUAAUGAUAUUGUAGUAGGAGAUUAUGUAUUUCAUUACAAGUGUAGUUCCUUUUAAUUUUAUAAUCUAUAAAUUGAGAAUAUAUUGUCUAUGAUAUGUAUCUACUCUCUACAUUUCAAAGAAAGCCAUUUUCUCAAAAACUGAAAUGUUUUUUUUUUAUAUCGCACUUACAGGUUAAUACUUAUAUCAAGUCGAAUAAUCUGUGAGGUAUAUAAAAUAUUCUUGCUAUAUUUUAUUGUAGUUUAGCAGAAUAUAUUAUUAUUAGUAAGUAUAUAAAACUAAAAAAAAAUCUUCUUAAUAUAAUAUAUAAUCUAUGAGAGCUUUAGCUAAGUCUGAUUUUCACUGUGUCAUUGUUUUCUAAGAAUUGAAAGUGCUUUAUGUAAUAAGUAGUGAAUCACACAUUGAUUUAGGUUACACAUUAUCAUUCUUAAAACACUUUUUUUUAUGGAUUAUAAGUCUAUGUAGAACUAAUUUGUGCCAUAAUGAUAUUGUUGACUAGCUUUCAGCCUAAGUUAUAAUCACAAAUAGUUUAAUAUUUUUAUUUAUUGUAAUAUUAUGUAAGCUAAGUAUAUUUAAUAAUGUCAUAUUUAAUUGAUGUGAUAAACCAUGUAUUGGUCUCUUACACAUCUCAUGUUUAUAAUAUUGAUGUCAUUUAUUCAUUUUUCUUCAUUCAAAAUCUGACGUGUGAAUUAAAGUUCGUUUCAUAGAUAAAUAAAGCAUUUUCAACAUCAAUCAACUUAAAACAACGUCAAAACACGACAAGCCGUGAAAAUGCAGUAGCCCAUUGAAUGUGUCUGUAGCAGUCGAGUUAAAAGUGCUUUUUCUUAUUUCUAUGGUGUUUUAGUAACUAUUAUAUUAGUAAUUAGUAACUUUUACAUUUGUUUUAAUAAUAUACAAUUACUACAUUCAUUAGUUAUAAUCGAUUUACAAUCUGUAGGUAAAGAUAAAAAAAACCGCUUAAAAUGUGACUGUCCUGCUUUAUAUGAAAUUUGUUAAAAUUAUGCAGUGUCUAUUGUUUAUAUUAUUCAACAAAGAGCUAGCUUAUUUAAAAGAAAAGCGCCAACUUAAGAACCCAGACACUUGAGAAAUAAGGCGUAAUGUAACCCGAACCAUGACUGACGUGAUGACGUCAGAACCAAUUGGCACGCCCGCCCUUUUUUUUGCGGAGGCAGAUGUUUUUUUAUAUGAACUGUGGUCUAAUGACGAUCUGUGGGUGUCCUUCUAGUGUUGCGAUUUUUUGUGAAACCAUUGCAAUAUAAUUUUAAUAUUUAACUAAACAUGUUGUGUGAUAAAUAACUAAUAUAUUAAUUCGAUAAUUUGUCUUAUCUUUGUGUAUAGGUCAGAUAUUCUAUAAGUAGUAAAUGUUUAUUUGUAUCCAUGUAAUGAUGUAAUACAACAUAUAAAACCUUAUAAAAAUGUAAAAUUAUAAAUAAACUAAUAAAGCAGUACA